ACCAUAAUAAUAAACAAAGAAACCAACGACGACUUCGUCGUGUCAGAUGUGGGGUUGAAGAAUGUGUUAACGUAAGAGGGUGGCAAGAGGAGCGAACAAGGAGAUCGUUGCCGCGGAGCUAGUAGCUCUCAGUGAGCGGAGCUGCCGGAUUUUCCUUUCGGCCAAUCUGUGAUGCACGUGCAGCCAUGCCUAUAAGGACGACGGCGACUUACAUCGAUAUACCCUACAAGGCGGAACUUCAGAAUUCGGCAGCUACAAAUUCACCCAAUGCUGGCGUCUUCAACUAUAGACCACGGCGGAGUCUCUGGAGAAUAUGGAUGCGUCUCUCCCGCUAUCAGAGGUAUCUGCUGCUCCUUAUCAUGAUAAUUAUUAUUGCGCUCAUCUACAACUUGUUUGGAGCAUCGAGCGUCGUCGUCAGCCGUUCAUCGGGGAAGGCAUACGAUAGCUACAGGCGAAUAGAAGACAGGAUUGAACGUCCCGAUUCGUACAUCAAGAAGGCGCCCCGUGUCGAAGCCGCUGCGGAUAUACCUCCUGGAUCGGAUCUCCUCGUCGACGAGAGCUCUCUUGAGAACAAGAGGUUAAGCGCUAUAAGGUCAGCUUGUGUCCAUGCGUGGCGGGGGUACAAGGAAUUCGCCUGGGGUCACGACCAUCUCCUUCCGAUCUCGAAAAAGUUCGACGAUUGGUUCGGACUUGGCUUAACGAUUCUAGAUGCGAUCGAUACCUUGUUUAUAAUGGGCUUGAUGGACGAAUAUGGUGAAGCAAGGAACUUUGUGGUUGAAGAUCUGAGCUUCGAUAAGAAUCGUGACGUGAAUUUCUUCGAGACAUCGAUCCGGGUCCUCGGGGGUCUCCUUGGAGCCCAUACGGUCACGAAAGAUAAGCUCUUCCUGGAAAAAGCUAGAGAUAUUGGCAAUCGUCUCCUUCCUGCUUUCAACUCACGCUCAAAUAUCCCGUUCAGUGACGUCAACAUCGGAACAGGCUCCGCGCACGGCCCCAAUUGGGCGCAAGACUCCACUGUAUCCGAAGUGUCCUCAGUUCAGCUUGAAUUCCGUACCUUGAGUCGACUCACAGGUGACUCCAUUUUCGAAGAGAAGGCCUUCAAUGUCUCGAAACACCUCCAUCACUUGCCCAAAGAAAAUCAUUUGGUGCCGAUGUUCAUAUCUACGGACACUGGUCGCUUCGGAAAUGACCAAACUAUAACUCUCGGUGCGCGCGCCGACUCGUACUACGAAUAUCUGUUGAAGCAAUGGAUACAGACAGGAAAGAAAAUUGACUUCCUGAAAGAAGAUUACCUCAAAGCUAUCCAAUCUGUCAGAGAUCAUCUGACGCGGCGCAGCUCUCCGAAUGGAUUAUUGUUCGUCGGGGAGCUGAAGAACCGGAGGUUUUCACCGAAAAUGGACCAUCUGGUGUGUUAUCUUCCGGGGACUCUGACUCUGGGACACUUCGAGGGUGGCUUCCCGAAAUGGCACCUAGAUAUGGCAAUUGAACUGAUACGAACAUGCGUAUCCAUGUACAGUACUACACAAACGGGGUUGAGCCCCGAAAUCGCUCACUUCAAUCUAGCCAAAAACGGUGAGGACGACAUAAUAGUCAAGAGCAACGAUGCGCAUAAUUUGUUGCGUCCUGAAACUGUCGAAUCCCUGUGGUAUCUACACUACUUCACCCGGAACGAGACGUAUCGAGAUUGGGCUUGGGACAUCUUCCAAGCUUUUGAAGAAUAUGCAAAGAUCCCUUCAGGCGGCUAUACUUCAAUUGGCAACGUGCUUAACAAGCAUUUCACGAGACCCCGUGACAAAAUGGAAUCUUUCUUCCUUGGCGAAACCUUGAAGUAUUGGUACCUUAUAUUCGCAUCGCGAGAGAUACAGGACAAGUUUUCGCCGAGGGCGUAUAUUUACAACACUGAGGCCCAUUUGCUUCCGAUCUUCAAUGACGCAUAAUAUUGACAAGACGGGGCAUCCAUCCUACCUCGAGAGAUCCUCCACUGAGAGAAUCUGUCGCUGAAUCUAUGGUCGGCUACGAUAUAACGCCCAGCUGCCGGCCUGUUCUUCGUUCAUAGAGACCGCAGCCAGAGAAGAAUCUGCGGAUCCAUAUCCUCUGCCACCCUCUCACCCCUACAAGUACUACGGUCUAGUCAAUGCACCGGUGAUAAUGAGAGCCUGGAAGUCCAGGAAUAUAUCGCCUCCGUCUGUAGAGCUUGAUAGGUGUAUCCGCGGAUGAUGCCUGGAUUCCUACGCUGUAGCCAUCUUCGAGCAACAUCGAUCGUGAUAUCAGUCAAUUUGUCCACGGAACUCAUGAAUCGAUCGCCGGUGAUCGCUGGAAUACGCCUAAGCUUCCGAGCUCUAGUGAUAAAUGUUGUGAAUUGUACUUAUCUAGGAGGGCACUCGUUGCUAGAUGAGAGGCUAUCCGUCAUUGAAUUCGGCGAGUCUUCUGACUCGGAACUUCUUUCAGCACAACUGAUUGCAUGAGGAGGACUGUACAGAGGGAGCCAUGUACCGUGUACAUAUGAUUUCAGCGGAAGUCCAUGUAAUAAAUUUACCACUUUUUGGUCCAGAAC